CGUAGCGGAAAACUGUUUGUCGUAGCGAUUCCAGGAUCUAAAAUAAAAACAUAUUGUAACGAAGACUGAUCGAUGGUUUCUGUAUAAUAACAAGCACACUUAACUCGUCCGCUAACUAUAUUCCAGUCGUUUCAAGUUGAGUGUAGGUAGAAAAUAGGUUGUUGAUUUCUGGUAUGUAAUACGAUGGAUAAGUCUACGUUAGCGGGAAAUAUGAGCGGUCGAAUUGGAGUGUUCAAUACUGCUACUGAGGGCUCUGGGUUUUUGCCAGUGAAUGAGCAGAAUUAUGCAACUGCAAUUCCAAUAUCAACUAACGAUUGCGAUGCCUGGGGAAUACCAUCCAGGAUUGCUUUGCAGGUUCUUGUGCUUCUCAUGCUGAUAUUGAAUAUUGCAGCAGCAGUCGUUAUUUUCGGUGUUCCAAUUAAUAUUCGAGGUCGACACGUUGCAUUUCUUUUCAUAUGUGUUCGAGUAUUGAAUGUUUUGGAUUUGUAUCAGUGUUCAGUGAUAUUCUUUUUUCCAAUCGGAAUGCCAAAAGAUUGCCAGAACCCCAACGUUUUUUAUUGUAACUUGUCUGGGUUUUGUUUUGCUACGGGAACCAUCGUAUCACCUUUAGUGGCAAUCGUAAUGGCAUUGGAUCGUUUAUUUGCCGUGUUCUUUCACGUUAGAUAUAAAGCUCGACCUCAAACAAAGAUGAAAUGUGGAAUUCUUGCAGGAAUAAUUGGAAUUUACGUCUUCUACUUCACUCUGCCUUUCUAUACUAACUUUGGAAAGUACCUUGCAGUUUCCUGGUUGUCUCUAUGCUCCUUUGAAUGGGGUAUUGAAUACAGGAUGUUCAAUCUUGUUCUUUUCUUGACAACAACGAUUUUGACUUUGAUAUUGAUGGCGGCAAAUAUUGCUAUUGUAGUUAAGGUUCGGCGCCGGAAGCGAGAAUUUGAAAAACUGAAAGCUUCUUCUCAAAAUACUACUCAACACAGAGGAAUAAAGAUGACAAAAUUUAGUCCCGUUAGGAGUGGCAUGAAACUAUGGAAAAGUAAAAGCGUCAACGACCUGAGUUUGUCAUCAGAUAGAGUGUCGAGAUCUCCACGGUCAUUACAUGAAAGAAGAGGAAAAUUUCUUAGUCCUUUGCGAAUAUUCUUCAGCUCGACUGCAAGUAGCCCUACUAAAGAACGACAUAUAGACGCAGAUCAUAAGCAGGGGGAUGACGAACAGGGAGCAAGUCAAACAAUUACCAAUUACAACUUGGAAAAAACAAAAGAUGAAAAUCUUGACGUACUUACAGUCCCUCAUUCGUUUUCGCCAACUUUGCCUUCUCCUUUGACUCAUGACAGCGCACUUCUGUUUCCUCCCAGUCCUGCAUCUUCUCGUAGAAGCACUAAUGAAUUCCGACCUCAAUCUCCGCUUGUGACCGGCGACAAUGAAAUCCACUCAACUUUGAGAAUAGUAUCAAGACCACCAAUAACGCGAUCCAUGAGCCACGGAAUAAAGCGGUUAUCUAGCACAGACAGUAUCCUUGAUGCAAAAGAUCAACAAAUGUCAACAUUUGGAUAUCGUACAGUGGACCCGGAUAAUCUAAGAAAAAAAGCAUUAGGAAAUACCAAUCUGAAAAAGAGGACUGCAUCUAGUGAACCAUUUCUUGAUCGCUCGUUUAAUUCUGGAACGAACGAAGAGAGACUAAAAUCCACGUCAUCCAAUUCAAUAUUUUCUAACUUUGUGGGAAGUCGCCUGAUGUCAUGGCGACAACGUGCGUCACGGCCGAAAGGGAUACGACGUAACGUAAGUCGGAUUACGAAGAUGACGACAGCGAUCUGCACGUUGUUUGCAAUUCUCUACGUGCCAUUUUUGGUUAGAAAAUUGGUACAAAUUAUUCCACAAGACUACUAUACUGUUCAUGUUCCAUACGCCGUCGAAAUUAUCACUCUGUUUGGUCCUCUCCUGUCACCUUUGUGCAAUCCCAUUCUCUACGUCUUUUUCAAUCCUCAUUACAGAGAAAAUUGCAAGCGUUUAUACAGAAAAUUCACCAAAACUACCCAAGUGUCUCGUGAUAUUGCAGAAAUAAGCUCAACACAGAGUAGAUUUAAGUCAUUUAGAAAAAAGAAAAGGGUCAAAAAUCACAUACCAAUCAAUGUUUCGGAAAGUGAAAAUAUGGGAAUAAAAGGAGAAUUUAAACAUGGAAACGACGAAGUUUUUCUUUCAACUGGACAUAUUCAACACGAAGACGGGGUUUUUGUAUCAGAUGCAUCUAAUUCAGACAGUGGUUGUUCUAUGAGAAUGAAGGAUGAAUAUGGAAGAAAGCAAUCUUUGCGCCAAAUGCAUUUACGCAGAAUACAAAAUCUUCAAUAUCGCCGAACUAAAAGCAAUGAUUACUUAAACUGAAUUUUGAAUUUUUCUGUUUGUACUCAAGAAAGCAUAUUUUCAAUUUUGGCUGCUAUUCGUGUUUCAUGGAAAGUUUAGUUCGAG